GGGGGAGGGGCGGUGCAGCAGUUAGGAAGUGGGCGCCGUGACUUUCUGUGUUGUCUGGCAGGUUUGCGUCACAGUACUCCCUCAUGCUUCGAUUACCCUCGCUGCGGAGCUUGCUUUCUCUGUCGUCCCCAGUUACACGGUCCUGCAGAAUGCAGAGCUCAGGGGCAACGCAGAACCUCAAGAAAUUGCAAGGGAAAGUGGCACUGGUAACCGCAUCAACAGAAGGGAUUGGUUUGGCAAUAGUCCGUAAACUUGCUCAGGACGGGGCCCGUGUGAUGCUGAGCAGCCGGAAGCAGCAAAAUGUGGAUAGAGCUGUGCAGGAACUAAAGGAAGAAGGUCUGGACGUAGAGGGAACUGUAUGCCAUGUCGGCAAGGGGGAGGACAGAGAGAGGCUGAUAGAAACGGCUGUGCAGAGGUUUGGAGGGAUCGACAUCCUGGUUUCUAAUGCUGCAGUAAAUCCCUUCGCAGGGAACAUGUUGGACUCUAAUGAGGAAGUGUGGGACAAGAUUCUGGAUGUGAAUGUUAAAGCAGCCUUUCUGUUGGUGAAGCUCGUGGUGCCGAAAAUGCAGGAAAGGGGGGGCGGAAGCAUUGUGAUCGUCUCGUCUGUGGCUGGUUUCACUCCAUUUCCGUCUCUAGGGCCAUACAGUGUCAGUAAGACGGCACUCCUUGGCCUUACCAAGGCUCUGGCACCAGAAUUAACUCCUAUGAACAUCCGAGUUAACUGCCUUGCACCUGGACUGAUCAAGACCAAAUUCAGCUCAGCCCUUUGGAAGAAUGAAGCAGUUGUUACCCACCUGAUGAGCACACUAGGUAUCAGCAGGAUUGGGGAGCCUGAAGAUUGUGCUGGAGCAGUCUCGUUCCUCUGCUCUCCCGACGCAUCAUAUAUCACCGGGGAAACUAUCGUGGUGUCAGGAGGCAGUCACUCUCGUCUAUGAGUGAUACUGUGAUAUUAGAAAUACCCUUUUGCAUACUAUUAAAACUAUAAAUAAAAUACAUUUAUGAAAGAUAAAA